AUGGAAGGAAGCGAGUCAAUGUUUUCCCGCCACAGACAGUUAAGCACAGAAGGGUCAUGCGGGCUGAGUGGAGAGAGCCAGCUCAGCGUGUUCAGCACCAAGGCAGGCCUCACAGCGGGGGUGCAGAUCAGUGGGCAUAAUGAAGACAGUGUCACAACCCGGACACACAGUGAUCACGGUGCGGUGCUGGAGUCCGGUGAACACCAGCAGCCCAAUUUCCCAGGUCUCACAAGAGGUCUAGUAGCUGUCCUGCUCUACUGGGAUGGAAAGCUUUGUGUGUCUAACUCUCUGCGCACACUCAUCCAGUCACGCCAUGGCAAGACCUUCACCCUGGAUCUAAGUGGCGAGCUAGUGGCUUUGACAACACGUUUUACAGAUGAACUGAUGAGCCAGGGUCUGACCAAACGUAUUCUAACGUUGGUCUCCGAGAUCAGUGUGACGCGUGAGUUUGAACGGCUGCAGAAGGAGCGCGGCCUGGGCAAUGAAAAGCACAGGAAGGAGGUUUCUGACCUCAUCAAAGAAUGCAGACAGGCACUGGCAGACAGCCUGUUUUCAUGGACGUGCCAAUCACCUUUGACUAAAGAUGACACACUGGCUCUCAUUGGCCACCUGGAGACAGUGACAGCUCAAGCUGAUGGCUCACUGGACAGUGUGAACCUGGCUCUGGUCAUGGCACUGCUAUACUGCUUGGAUGUUAGCUUUGUAGAGCAGGGAACUGAAGAUAGAGAAGAUCUUCUCCAGGCACUGCCGUUACUCACAGAGAGACAGUAUGUGUCUGCAGUGCACAGUCGUUUGAUGGACAACCAGCCAUGGAAGCUUCCAGGCCUUCAGGCUGUGUGUCGGCUGGCCUGGGCUCUGUCUCUGAGGGUUCUUUCCCAGCUACCACAAGGAUCUGCCCUGGUUGAAUUCACUGAGGCAGAUGAGGCUCUGGCUGACCAGGCUUUGCUGGGAGAUGUGUUUUUGUUCAUGAAGGAGGGCAUGCUGGGAUGCGAGAGUUUUUCCCAGGAAGAGUUUUACAUCCGCCGCCUCCAUUCUCUUAUUACUGACUUCCUGGCACUCAUGCCAAUGAAAGUGAAGCAGCUUCGUAACCGUGCUGAUGAGGACGCCCGUCUGGUGCACAUGUCCCUACAGAUGGACAGCGAGCUUCCAUCAUCGUUGCGCAAGGACUUAGACCAUCUCCUAAUUCUCUCCACCUCUGUUUACACACCAUGUUCCUUCGUGAAACUCACCUGUGACGCUGACAAGCAGCCUCAGAGAAUUUCCCUGCCUGCCUCCAACCCAAUCAUCUGUCCUCCUCUGGCUAACUCUCCUUAG